AGAUAUCUGUUACUCAAAAUUAAAGGCUCUGAAUUUUUUUUGUAAAAAAUCAGAAGUUUGAGUUUUCAACAAAAAUAAAAAUGGAGUUAGCCUCACCACCUUGCUCAAAUUUUCCUUCAAAAAUCAGAAUCAAAAGCUGCAAUUUCUCUUCUUCAUUGCUUAUAAGCUCUUUGGCUUACAGAAAAGAUGCAGUUUGUUAUCAAAAAAAAAAAUUAACAUCUUGCAUACAAAAGAGGACAACAUGUAUGGUGGUGUGUUGCAGCCAAUUAAAGGUAGAAGAUGACAUAGAUAAUGCAGAAGCUUGUGAGUUAGUGAAUGGAGCUGAGGUUGAAAUAGGAGGAGAUGACAAUGAUACAAUCCAUGCAUCUCUCUUCCAGGCAGUCAAGAACAACAAUGGAAUUGGCAUUCUACUCUUGUCUGACAUUUUCGGGUUUGAGGAUUCAUACACCAGAGAUUUUGCUUAUCGCGUUGCCUGCAAUGGUUACAAUGUAUUAGUACCAGAUUUGUUCCGAGGAGAUCCAUGGUCAAAAGACCAAUCACAAGCUCAAUUAGAGGAAUGGCUAGCCAAACAUGAUCCAAUUACGAUGGCAAAAGACAUUGAAAUGUCAACCAAAUGGAUGGUGGAUGAGUUCAUGGCUUCUGAAUCAUCUAAAAAGCUUGGCAUAAUAGGAUUCUGUUACGGAGGUGGUCGAGUACUGGAAGUGCUAGCCAAAGACCAGGGUUCUGUUUUCGGUACUGGUGUUUCUUUCUAUGGAACACGAAUGGAUUUAUCUACAGCUUCAAAUGUUAAGGUUCCUGUUCUGUUUGUAACAGGGGAUAAGGACCCUCUUUGUCAAGUUACUGUCCUUAAUGAGUUAGGGAACAUAAUUGGGAACAACUCAAAGGUGGUAGUUUUCAAAGGUCAGGGACAUGGUUUUGUUCAUCGCCCUGAAUCUCUUGAACAAGAUGAAGAUGCAGAAGAAGCUUUCAUGAUUAUGAGAAAUUGGCUACAAAAUCAGUUGUUAGACUUGGCCUGAGUUGCCUAUUACUGAAUCGGUCUGUAAGUAUCAAUCAAGGCACAAGCAUUAAUGAUGUACGUUUGGUGGGGCGUAAAACAUUUCCAUUGUAAAAUAAUUUUCAUGGAAAACACAAUUCCAAAAUUAGUUUUC